AUGCAAUCUCCUCUUAUUAGUUGGUUUAUAGCCUUUUUCACGGCAGUCGCUACGUUUACGCAGGGAAGCCCUGAUAAGUGUGUCGCCGCCGUGAAAUCUCUAGAGGCAACCGUGGAUAAACGGUUACAAAAGCUUGAAGCUGAUGUGAGAGCCAUUUAUCUCGGGUUAAAUCCACAAGGUAGAAUUGUCACUAUAUUAUUUUGCUAUCGGCCUCACAGACUGAGAGUAGAUUAAGCACUGAUCGAAGCUAUCAUUGUUUCAAAUACGAGAGCGAAUGAAACACGGAAGUUUAGCAUUGUAGCAUUAAAGACGCUGCACGCGCCCGUGCAUAGUGGAGAGAGAGAGGAGCAAAGCGUCUCCUUGCUACUUUUUGGCCUACUUCCAUGUCUAACUCAUGGAAAUAUUUAAAGUAGAAAGCUUCGAUAUUUGAUCUAUAAGUAUUUCACUGAAAAGUCGCUCAAACAGUUUUUAUUUAUUUUGCAUAGGCACACCAUUUACGUCUUGCAGAGAAAUUUACCUCAAACACAAGUAAGUAUAUUAGACAACUUGACAAAGGCUAGCGCUUAUUUAAGAAAAACUAACUAAAAAGGUCGGGGAAAUGUGAAAAGAUUCGCGUCCUUUUACUUUGGCGUUUGUGUUUGUACAAAAAAUAAAAAGAAUAUAAUUAGUUCAGUCAUCAUGAUUUUAAAAUAUAAAAUAAUUUUGAAAGGUUUUUAAUAAUACAACGACACUCCCCUUCAAACAUUUUAAUAACACGUAUGACCAAGGCUAAAUGAAAUAUCAAAAUCGAGGUAUUGCCUUUUGUAAAAAUAGGCUUCUUUGAUUAAUUUAAGAACAAUUAAGUCCUUUAGGUAAAAAAACAAAUAAAGUAAAUGAAAGGAAGUCUAAACUUGAAAAUGCGAAUAUGCGCCGUUUUUGGUAUAUGCAGAGAAAAAGAUGAAAAAGGCGUAAAACAAGACAAAUUCAUGUGUCUGUUGCGGCGUAGUAAAGCGAAAUUUUGAGCAUGUAGGUUUCUUUCCUUAAAUAAUUAUUUGGGGAGAGGGACAGAUUCGUGUUUUAUUGAUUAACUUUUCUGCCACCGUAAGACUCUUAGGACUUUGGACUUAUCAUGACUCAUCACUUCAUCAGGUCUCAAGUAAACAAAGCCUACUUUCUCCAAAUUGGCUCACGAAAAAUCCAUGUGUACUGUCACAUGAGUAACUAUGGUAUCGGAGCAUGUGGGGGCGGAGGAUGGACAAUGGUUAUGAAAAUCGACGGACAGAAGGUAGUACACGAUUAUGAUUAACAUUAUGUUUUACCAAGGUUGCAAGAAAAUAGGAUAAAAAAUGAUGGCGAUGAUGAUUUGGCACAUUCAUGGAUAUUUGCCUUUCCUCCAGCCUGGCCGGGUUGAACAAAUAUUUUCCGAUUUGAUAUCAUUUUACUCAGUGCAAGUAUAAAAGAGUCGUGCUAAUUAAAUGUAGCCUGCGAACGAAGACGUUUAUUUUGGUCGACACUUCUGGAUCCACCCGAAACGUUACUUCGUUCUCGGUUAGAGAGAAACAACGAUCGGAAAUACGUCUGCGUAUUAUUUUGACAGUCCCCCUAAGUUAAAUGCCUCGUUUCUUUUUAAUUCAUUUAUUUAUUCAUUCAUUUUUUGUAGUCAACCUUUCAGUACGCAUCAAAACUUUGGAACAACAAAAACGAGUUCAAUCUUCCAGGAGGGAAGACGGGAUUUGACCAUAAAGAGACCAAGUUGCCUACCUAUUGGAAUCUUCCCUUCUCCCAAAUCUGUCUCGUGAUGAAAAUGGGCCAACAGAUCAGAUCCUUUGUCAUGAACAAGCACGCCAAUUCCUUGUACUCUCUCAUCGCAGACAAUCGCUACAGGAGCACAUCUCUAGGUCGUAAUAUGUGGAAGACGUUGAUUGGCUCGCAAGCAUCACUCCAGCCCUUCUGUAACAAAGAAGGAUUCAAUGUGGUUAGUGUCAACCAUCAUUAUUCCAAAGCAAGAAUCGGUAUCAUUAGCAACCAGGAAAACGAAUGCAAGUCAUGCGACUCUAGAAUUGGAUUCGGUACUGGAGGUCUCCACGAUGACUCCAACUCGUGUGGCAAUGAAGCUACACGCUUGCCAGAUAAUGGUGACAAGCAUAUUAAGACCAUGGGAUAUAUAUUGGUCAAAUAAAAGAGGAAACCAUGCCAAGCAUUGUAACACAAAAGAAACUACAGAACUUAGGUAGUUUAAGAACAAGGAAAAGCCUCUUUUCCUAGUAAAGAAAAAUAAAACUUGGUGAUGGGAAAUUGUGUCAUUUGUUUAUGUACUUGCGUCGCUAUACAAAGCAGAAUAAUAACCCUUAAGCAACAAUAUGAUAUCCAAAGGUGUGUCAGACGACCACUAUUUAGUACUUAGGAUGGGGCAGGAGAGAGGGGAUAAGGAGCCCUUCUGUACCCCCUAUACCGCAAUAUUCUUUAAACCUUCGUCAGGGUGGUUCUUUACUGCCUGUAAGCCCAGAACGUUUGGGUCUAGAAUAGGGUAUCAUUUUUCAGGAAACUGAUCAGUUGGUUGAAGAGUUUAUCUAGACAAGAGAAACAGCUGCUCUAAGAUAGGGGGGAUUUGGGGAGUUUACUCUAGCAUAGGGUAGCAAAUUCAGCUAAACUAGCUCUGGUAUAGGUUAAGGGUUCCAUGGUCCCAGUGGCACAUCCCCACCCAGAAAUUCCUAAAGUACCUCCCCCCUCGGCCGUUUUUUCGAAAAUUCGUUUUUCGGGGUUCACUUGUCCGGCUAUG